GUCUUGUUGAUUUAAAGACAAUCGAGUUGGAUUUGCUGAAUUGGUUUAUUCUUCAAACCAUACAUAAAAUUGUAUUCGAUCAGCAUGGUCGGCGCUUUAAAGAGUAACCGGUGCGAUACAUGUCGUUUAAGAAAGAUCAAGUGCGAUCAAGCAUGGCCGUUAUGCGGACCGUGUAGACGGAGCAAUCGCCAUUGUCCUCCGCGUUCAUCACUCAAAGUAAUCGACGACGGCGCGACUGUACGGCGAAAACACACCGCAUCAUUGCGGGGAAAAGCAAAUGUUGGAAACGACAUUUCUGGUCUUUUUAUUGAGGAAACCAUACCUCUUAGUCCAUCAGAACGCCUUGUCUGUGCAUUUACUAGCUGUCUUCAUACGGAAACUCCUUCACGCAGUCUUAAUCACCUAGGAGCUUCGCUCUCUCAGAUGCCACGGCAUUUUGGAUCAAGUUCCGCACUCGAUAGUGUUGCAGCAUGCAUGGUAGAUUCACAUUCGACCAUUACUCGGGAUACAAAAACGCCAUGCUCUAUCAAGCCUCAGCUACACGCUCGUGCGUUACGGAGUGUCCAGGAGGCAAUCAAUGAUCCGAAGGAAUGGAAUUCGACUAACACGCUCUGUGCGGUCCUCCUCUUACACCGGAUUGAGUCAGUGUUUGGAGAGUCCCUUGGAUCCAACAUGCUUGUCCAUGGGUCUGGCUUGGCUGCUCUCGUACAAAAACGAGGCCCACCAGAUCCGUCAAACACCUUCGACUGCGCUGUUAUAGCAGAUGGUCACAUGUGCAUUGUAGAACACGCGCUCCUGCGCCACACAGACUGUUUUCUUUCUCAGCGAGAGUGGUCAGCGUCACUGGAUACUUUACAAGGUAAAAGCCGGAUUCAAACAAUUUACUACAAGCUUCUCAGGCAAAUGUCUACGUGGCCAACCCUUAUCCGUGAAAAGCUAGAGCACAAAGAGGGAAAACCAACAUUAAUAAGUUUAUUGGGGAGAAUCUACCAUCUCAGAAAGGAAUUACACGAUAUAUGUAUCGAAUUGGAUACCCUGAUAUAUGAAGAAAAUCUCGUCAGCCGGACUGUAUCGACGUGUGUCCCUGGCCUGGUUGAUGAAAUGUUUCAAAUCCAAGAUCCCACAGUGGCUUUAGCGCUAUGCUAUCAUGCGAUGUAUAGCAUCAUAGUUUUGAGGAUUUUAUGGUCUCUCGCCGAUAACGACGCUCUCUGUCAGUCUGAAUUGGAAAUAGAAAUUUUAGGUCUGUCUCAGAGGAUCUGGAUGCUAAUAGAUCACGGUCGUCGCUACAAGCCUCUGGGCCUGCCGAUUCUGUCAGUGUCUUUGGCAUUGACACUAGAGUCUGUCAACUGGGAGGAACGCGAGCAAAUAACUGCCCUCGUAAAUAACCUGGAGAGUUCUGAGGGGCUACUAUAUGCGUCUUGGACAAGCGAGACACUCAUAAAUCAAGUAAGAGUCUAUCGAGGAGACCGGCUUGUCAAUACUUAGAUUGUCCACACUUGCCUUUCGUGGUGUGCUCUCGGCUGCAGGC